UGAACUAUAAAAACAAAAAGCGGAAACUCUCCUCCCUCUUCCCUAGUCUCCACGCAUCUGUCUCUGAUUCUGUUUCCCUUGUUUCUCCGGGGCCAACCACAGAGAGAUUCGUAAGAGAUGGGUGUGGAUUACUACAAUAUACUGAAGGUGAAUCACAACGCGAGGGAGGAUGAUCUGAAGAAAGCUUACAAGCGUCUCGCCAUGAUCUGGCAUCCCGACAAGAACCCUUCCGCGCGGCGAGACGAGGCGGAGUCCAAAUUCAAACGGAUCUCGGAGGCCUACGACGUCCUCUCGGACCCUCAGAAGCGCCAGAUCUACGAUCUUUACGGCGAGGAAGGCCUCAAAUCCGGCAAAAUCCCAGAUUCUUCGGAGCCUUCCUCUUCUUCUUCGAGGACGACGCCGCACUUCUUCCACCAGCAGCAGCACAGGCCUAACGCCUCGUCGUUCCGUUUCAACCCUAGAGACGCGGAUGAUAUCUACGCCGAGAUCUUUGGACCUGAAGGCGGAGGAGGCGCGGGUGUGAGAGGACACAGAACGUUUAGGGAUGGGAGUUUCAGGAACGGUUGUGGUCAUACUCAUAGCAGUGAGCUGAGGAAAGCUCCUGCCGUGGAGAAUCCAUUGCCUUGUAGUUUGGAGGAUCUCUACAAAGGUGUCAAGAAGAAGAUGCGGUUAUCAAGAAAUGUCUAUGAUGCUUCUGGUAAAAUGAGGGUUGUUGAGGAGAUAUUGCCCAUAGAGAUAAAACCCGGAUGGAAGAAAGGCACAAAGCUCACUUUCCCUAAGAAAGGCCAUGAAGAGCCUGGAAUCAUACCAGCUGAUAUCAUCUUCGUGGUUGAAGAGAAGCCACAUCCUGUUUACAAGAGAGACGGAAACGACCUUUUCGUCAGUAAGGAGAUCACUCUGCUUGAAGCACUUACGGGUAAGACCCUUGAUCUGAUCACGCUUGAUGGUAGGACUCUCAUGAUCCCAUUAGCCGAUAUCAUCAACCCGGAUCACGAGAUUGUUGUUCCGAACGAAGGGAUGCCGAUCUCUAAAGAAGCUGGAAAGAAAGGUAACCUGAGGUUGAAGCUCAGCGUGAGAUAUCCGUCGAAGCUGACAGCAGAACAGAAAUCUGAGCUGAAGAGAGUUCUUGGUGGGGUCUCAUGAAGAAGUCGGAUGAUGAUGAAAUGUAGAUAGCAAAAGUAGAGGAUAUGAUAGAUUGUGAUGUGAAUGGUAGGACGGAUGGAUUCUCUUCUAAGGGGGUUUGGAUUUAAAAGCCGAAGAACAAACACAAGCUUUGCUCUUUUUUUUUUUUUUUGCUUCUCUUGUUUUAUUAGACAUUAAUUUUGUUUUUUUCCUUUCAAAAUUUUAUUUAUUUGAUUUGGCUGGAGGCGUUUUAUGUGAGUUUGUGUACUCCAAAUAUUGGAGGAUGCUUUGUUAUCCAUUUAUCUUACUAAUAAAAUUCAAUUAUUCCCCUUCA